AUUACAAACAAACUACAUCUCCUAUGUAGCACCGCGGUGUGGGCGCUUCAGCUCUGUUUAGCGUUUGGAGAAAGAAAAAAAUAAGUUGUCUAAUUAUUUCCAGACUACGGUAGAUCGCUGUUUUCAAACGGAAGCUGUGGCAAAUUGAAUAACUUAACAGAAAUAAAGCAUAGCUGCCACAGCAGAGAACCGAAGAUGCCCACUGAACCUGGCGCGGUCCAAAUAGUGACCGUCAAUAAGGAGGAUCACUCCUUUGAUUUGGACACAAAAGCACUUGAAAAAAUACUCCUGAGACCUCAGGUCCGAGAUAUGGAUGUGGUGGUGCUGUCUGUUGCUGGGGCUUUUCGGAAGGGAAAGAGUUUUCUCCUGGACUUCAUGCUUCGAUACAUGCACAGGAAGCCCGGUCAGGACUGGCUUGGUUCGGACGAUGAGCCCCUCACAGGAUUCUCUUGGAGAGGUGGCUCAGAGCCUGAGACCACAGGCAUCCAGUUGUGGAGUGAAGUCUUCACUGUGAGGAAAAGUAAUGGCACAGAGGUGGCAGUGUUGCUCAUGGACACGCAGGGAGCGUUUGAUAACCAGUCCACUGUGAAAGACUGUGCUACAAUCUUUGCCCUCAGCACAAUGACCAGCUCAGUGCAGAUAUACAACCUUUCACAGAAUAUCCAAGAAGAUGACUUGCAGCAGCUUCAGUUGUUCACAGAGUAUGGCCGACUGGCAAUGGAUGAAAUCUUUUUAAAGCCCUUUCAGUCACUCAUGUUUCUGAUUAGAGACUGGAGCUUCCCUUACGAGUACAGCUAUGGGUUCAAGGGAGGCAAUCAGUUCUUGGAUAAACGGCUCCAGGUGAAGGAAUCUCAACAUCAGGAGUUACAGACAGUGAGAAAGCACAUUCAUUCCUGUUUCACAUCUAUUUCCUGCUUCCUGUUACCGCACCCCGGCCUGAAGGUUGCCACAAGCCCUUCAUUUCAGGGACAACUUUGUGAUGUGGCUCCAGAGUUUAAAACUCAGUUAUGCAGCCUCAUCCCCAAGCUAUUGGACCCUGACAGUUUGGCUGUGAAGGAGAUCAACGGCAGCAAGGUGACAUGCAGGGGCCUGGUGGAGUGCUUCAAGUCAUAUAUUAAAAUAUACCAGGGUGAAGAUCUACCACACCCAAAGUCUAUGCUACAGGCUACGGCUGAAGCUAACAAUUUGACAGCUGUGGCAUCCGCUAAGGACCAGUAUUACAAGAAUAUGGAGAAGAUCUGUGGUGGAGAUGUGCCUUAUGUGGCACCAGACUCUCUGCUGGAGAAGCAUAACUUCUUCAAGUGCGAGGCUCUCCAUCACUUUAGCAGCAUUAAGAAGAUGGGUGGGAAGGAGUUCUGUGCCCCUUAUCAGGUUCAGCUCGAGGCAGAGCUAAAUGAACUCUGGGAGUCCUUCAGCAAGCACAAUGAAUCAAAGAACCUUUUCAAUGCAUUCCGCACACCAGCAGUGCUUUUUGUCCUGGUUUGUCUUUUGUAUGUGCUCUCUGCGCUGUUACUGUUCAUCGGCCUGAGCAGCGUUUCAUUCACAUGUGACUGUAUGCUGGGUCUUGCCAUGGUAGCUGUGGUCACCUGGGCCUUUAUUCGCUUUUCUGGCCAGUACAGACAUGUUGGCGUCGCCAUAGACCAGGUGGCUGGAGUGUUACUGGAGCAGGCUACGGGAAUGCUGAAUAAAUCAAGAACCCAAGCAAUUACUCAAGACAAGAAAUCAAGAUAGCUUUAAAGGCUAAUCAAAGAUUCCAGCUUGAGAUACAAAGAGCACAACACAAAUUCAACCAAUCAUUUGACACCAAAUAUUGCUAACACACUUUCCCAAACACGGCACUUAAAUCUGUCUUCUAUUGCAACCUAUUUUGUCUUAAAAAGGUGCAAUCAGUGUAUUUUACCAUGACAAAUGGUAUUCCACAUAUGACCUGCUCACUUUUAUGGUUUUUAUGGUUGACUAUUCAUUCAUUGGGAAUUUGGUUUGAUCUCAUUUGUUUAUUGCAACUGUUAUUCAGCUAUUCAGAUCCUAUGAAAAUGUACUGAUUGUAUCUUUUUAAGAAAAAAAUGUGGUGUUGAAAAAGUGCACUUCAUCAGACAACAUAUCAGGCACAAGAUUGCUUUUGCACAAGGUCUAUCCUCUUUAAAGGACAUUAAGUAAUUUGUUUACAAGUACUUAUUUUAACAUUACCAAAGAUCUUUGGCCUUUGUAGUAAAACUCAGGCACCUUUCAUGGCAGUUUGUCACACAGGAAGUUGCACUGCACAUAAAUGUCUUCAUAUUUAUAUCUUUACAUCACAAGCCAUGACUUUAUUAAAACUUACACUCCAUAUAAUAAGAUCUUGUAUACUGUAAAUGAAAUGUUACAACACUAUAAUGUAUACCAUUUUGAGAGCAUUGUUACUUUAGCACCUGUAUGGGAUUAUGUAUACAUUCCAUCUUUUCAACAAACUUGAACAUUGCAUUUGAUUUAUACUUCUUUGGAAUUGUUUGUGUUAUUGUCCUGUCUUCUGUUUCGGCAAUUAAAAAUUAUACUUAUCAGGGAACACCUGGCCCCAUUAUCGCAUUAAAUUGUAGGGUGCUUUUAAACAAUUGUGUUAAGAAAUAAUUUAAAACAUGGUCUGUAUCUCCAUUGUAGCAACAUUGUAGUUAACCAAAUUAGGAGGUGAUGUGCUGAUAGGUGAGUCUUAUACGAAUUGAGGUUGUUGUUUUUUUGGUUGACAAUGACGGUGUCACCCUUUCUAUAUCAUCUUCAGCACCUGUUAUGCUACUUUCCUGGUUAAAUACGUGUUGCACUCUUCUUUGUCAUAAAAUUAUUUUCUCAGUUUUCUUUGUGGUGUUUUAAUAUUCGGCCCUAGCUGAGUAGGUUCUGUUACAAUAAACUGUACUCAAAUUCCCUUUUACCUUUAAAUUAGUAAGUCUUGUGGAUAAUGUGGAGUUUAGACAUCAGCCUUAUAUGGGAACAUUUUUGUUUUUGAGUGAUCAGAGUAAUGUGACCACUCAGUUUGCAAGUUACUGAUCUGUCACAUUCUUUAAACAUUGUAUGGCUUCUCAGCCUCACUUAUUUCCUCUGCUUGUGUAUAGUAGUUUUAUUCAUUCAGGCAACACGAAGGACCAGCUUUAAAACAGCCAAGUGAUCUUGGCUUGGUAUAUGAAGAACUCUAUUCAUAUAGCAAUGUUGCAUUUCCUUGUGCAUCCCAUUAAUAAACUUCAUAUGCAUGA